AUGGGAUUUUUUGCAGAAGGAAAUCUUGAAGUGCCAAGAAUGAGUGUUUUAACGGCUACCAAUCUAACCAUUUCAAUUUUUGUUUUCAGAAAUGAGAAGUUUUACACGUGCUGCGACGAACCAUAUCUGGACAUCACGUUCAACAUAACGAUGCGGCGCAAAACUCUCUUCUACACAGUCAACCUCAUCAUCCCCUGCAUGGGUAUCUCGUUCCUAACCGUGCUGGUGUUCUAUCUCCCUUCCGACAGUGGGGAGAAGGUAUCUCUGUCUAUCUCCAUCCUGCUCUCUCUCACUGUGUUCUUCCUACUGCUAGCGGAGAUCAUUCCACCGACGUCGCUCGUUGUACCGCUGCUCGGGAAAUUCGUACUCUUCACGAUGAUUCUUGAUACAUUUAGUAUCUGCGUGACGGUGGUGGUGCUGAACGUGCACUUCCGGUCGCCGCAGACGCACACGAUGGCGCCGUGGGUCCGCCGCGUGUUCAUCCACGUGCUGCCGCGCCUGCUCGUCAUGCGCCGACCGCACUACCGCCUCGACCCGCACCGCAGCCGCUUUGCCGGCAUAGUGAGCAGCGAGGGUUGGUCGCCCGUCGUCAUGCCGAUGGGCGGCAUGGGCGGUAUGGGGGGCAUGGGGGGCAUGGGGUCUACAUCUAUGGGGCACAUGGGGAUGGGCGUGGAGGACAACUCAGUGCCGGAGUCCCCCGCGCCGGGCGCCUGCAGGCUCCACGACGCCCCCGCGCUGUGCGACGCGCUACGCCGCUGGCACCGCUGCCCCGAGAUACAUAAGGCCAUCGAUGGCAUCAACUACAUCGCUGAUCAGACUCGCAAAGAGGAGGACUCGACUAGAGUGAAAGAGGACUGGAAGUACGUGGCGAUGGUGCUGGACCGGCUGUUCCUGUGGAUAUUCACACUGGCGGUGCUGGUGGGCUCCGCCGGCAUCAUCCUGCAGGCGCCCACACUGUACGACGAGCGCGCGCCCAUCGACGUGCGCCUCUCCGAGAUCGCGUACGCCACCGCCAAGCCGCGCCCCCCGCCGCCGCGUUAAUCCGCCACUGGUCAGAAGCCUAAGCAAGAAUAUCUCGAGAGCGGAGAUUUUUGAGUGGCAUAUAGGAUAAAUGCACUGUAUAAGUAUCAUAUUGGUCGGAAUUCGUAGUUGUUAAAUUAAGUAUGCGUGUAAUUGCCGUUUUUGCUUGGACUUCUGUCGUAAGUGGGUUCAAUUAUUGCGUACGUCGCUCCGCCCGGGACCGAAUGUCGGACCGAUAAGUCGUUUCGAUUCAUUAUCGCACAGUUAACAUAUUGUGUAUGUUUGUAGCCGACAAGUCGGACGCCUAUGGUCGGGGUGGCUCAGUGGCAGUACGUAACACGUUCGGGACUCGAACUCCGACCGUCGCCGUUUGCUCGGUCCGUCGCACUGUUUAUAUUAUACAAAAUUAUUGUAAAUAAAAUGAUAUUAAUAGUUUAUACGACGAAGUAAUGAGAUCGAAGAUAAGUCGAAUUUCUUUUGAUAGAGACAAAAUAAAAUCAAUUGUUU